AUGUGGUCCCUCAAGAAUGAUAACGUUUCUCAAGUGCUAAAGCUGAGAGAAGAACCACCCAAAGUUCAGAAUCUACAAGUGAAAUUCAUUGUUCGUACCACCCCAAAUCCAAAUGAUGCUGGCUGCUAUCUCACUGUUGGCCAAGACGGGCUCCUAGAUGAUUGCAAGUUCAAUGUGUCUGCAAAAAGCUUCUUCAUUAUUCAUGGAUGGACAAUGGGUGGCAUGUAUGAAGGAUGGCUGGACACCCUUGUCUCAGCUCUACAAGAACGCGAGAAGGAGGCCAACGUGGUGGUGGUGGACUGGCUUGCUCUCGCCCAACAGCUCUACCCCACCGCUGUGAACAACACCAGGGUGGUUGGAAAAGAACUUGCGGAGUUGCUGAACUGGUUACAGGAGAAGGACUUCCAACUCCAGAAUGUCCAUCUGAUUGGCUACAGUCUCGGGGCCCACAUUGCUGGCUAUACCGGAAACUAUGCCCAGGGGACUAUAGGAAGAAUUACAGGCUUGGAUCCAGCUGGCCCAAUGUUUGAGGGAGCCGAUCCAAGCAGACGUCUCUCUCCUGACGAUGCUGAUUUUGUGGAUGUCUUGCACACGUAUACGAGAGAAACAUUGGGCAUCAGCAUUGGGAUCCAGAUGCCUGUGGGUCAUGUCGACAUUUACCCCAAUGGAGGAGACGUCCAGCCGGGAUGUGGCCUUACUGACAUCUUGGGAACGCUCGCCUUAGGAGAGAUUGGGGACCUUGUGAUGUGUGAACAUGAACGGUCGGUGCUCCUCUUUGUGGACUCCCUCGUGAACAAGGACAAGCAAAGUUUUGCCUUCCAGUGCACGGACUCUGGACGCUUCAAAAAGGGCAUCUGUUUGAGCUGUCGCAAGAAUCGUUGCAACAGCAUCGGGUACAACACCAAGAAAAUGAGGAACAAACGGAACAGCAAGAUGUAUCUGAAGACAAGGGCAGGCAUGCCUUUCAAGGUUUUUCACUAUCAAAUGAAGAUACACGUCUUCAGCUAUAAGGGUCUGGGAAAAACAGAACCAGCUUUUUCUGUGACAUUCCAUGGAACCAAUGGGGAUUCCCAACCUCUACCUCUGGACAUGUAUGAGCAGAUUGGCGUGAACUAUACCAACACCUUCCUUGUCUACACAGAAGAAGAUGUGGGUGAUAUUCUAAAGAUCAAGCUUACUUGGGAAAGGCCUACUCAGUCGUGGUAUAACUUUUGGAAAGAAGUGAAAAACUACUGGUCUAAGUCUGACAGCUCAUCCAAAGAACUGCAAAUCAGGCGCCUCCGUGUGAAGUCUGGCGAAACUCAACAGAAGCUUGUGUUUUGUGUAGAAGACCCUGAGAUGACCAACAUAUCUCCUGGCCAAGAACUCUGGUUUGUAAAAUGCCGAGAAGGGUGGCAAAAAUGGAACAAAACAAUACCAAGACCAAAUCUGCAUUGAAACGUCCUCCUUGAGAAGCUUCCUCGAUUCAUCAGGGACCAACCCAGCUGGAAAAGGCGUUUGCUGCAAAGAAAGACAAAAAGACCAAGACAUGUUUCUGCAGACUUUUUCCUUCUGCUUCCUCACUUGUCAGCACUUGCGAGAACUUGUAGUUUAAAGAUGGAUAUAUUGGGUUGCUAAGAACUAUCUCAGUGUGGAUGAUAAUUCAGAGAAUUUUGUUAUAUUUAUAGCUUCUACUUUUUUAAAGAAUAAUUUAUUGGGAGGGGGCAAACCCAACGUGUUACUCAACUGGCCUCCUUUCCGAGAACCUUUCUGGUUUGUGCCUAUGCCACCUUGCCUUCGUCAGCAUUUGGGUCGCAUCCUGUCUCUGCCUCUCAUGCCUUACACGCUCAGUAAAAACAGAUUGCACGUUAUUGCAACACCAUGAUUGAUGUGAAUGCAGACAGAUCAGUUCAUAUGAUUGUUUCUCAACCUUGGCAACGUUAAGAUGUGUGGACUUCAGCUCCCAGA